CGGACGUGCAGAAAAGCAGAUAUUGGCACGACCAGGAGAGCGUGAGCGGCCCUUGGGGUGAGCUUAUCUGGAGUUCGAGAAGCAUCAACUACAUAAAAAUGACCAGAGGAAAUCAACGUGAUCUUGCCCGCUUAAAAAAUGCCAAGAAGCAAGGGGACCAAAAUAAGGGGAAGAGGAGUGAUGAUGGUUUGUCUGCUGCAGCCCGUAAGCAGAGGGAUGCAGAGAUAAUGCAACAGAAGCAGAAAAAAGCAAAUGACAAGGGAAGUGACAAGUCUAAAUAACCUCGGAAAAGGAGUCCAGAUCUUAGAGGACGUCCCUCGCCUCACUUACUUCUGAGUUUUGAGAAGCGAUCAUACUGUCUAGGCUCCGGAAAAUAGAAUCCUACAAACCUACAUUCUUUCCUAUGGCAAAUUACGUUGCGUGUUGCAUUUUGGAUUUGUUUAAAAUGUCUGGUGAAAUAAAGUCUGAAAUUGUU